AUACUUGCGUCUCAGUGCAGAGAGCGGUGAGCAGCAUCAGGAUGGGAGAUGUUGGAAAACAACAGGAUAAAGUGAGCACCAAACAAGGAGUGAAUGGGCAUCUUUUCAAGAAGUACUCCCCCGAGUGUCUGAGUGGACCAAACUGAAGCUAAUGUGACCAACCCACACCAGGAAACUGAGCGAGAAGUGGAACUCAGCGUAAAGGCUUGACCAAAUUCAGGGAUGUGUCAGAUCACACGAGAACAGAAGUAUGCCGAAGACUGACACUAAGCCAUCUUCAGAGUCUAAAGCAGCAGGUUGACGUCAGCUGGACACGUGUUUCAUCGAUGAUGCUGCACCCUUCACCAUGGCAACAACACUCCAUCCCCACUGCUCUACGUGCGUAAACCUCCACUGCCUGGAGCCAGCCCACCAUGGCACUUCCUGUGAGGUCACUUCCUGUUCACUGGCAUGCGGGGCGGCGUUCCACAGCUGCAAGGGCUCUGAGCACCGUCUCCUGUGCCCGCUGGAGCCCGUGCCCUGCCCCAGCCAGUCCUAUGGGUGCCCGCUGUCCAUGCCCCGAGCCCGAGUGGCACAGCACCUCGCCAUCUGCCCGGCCAGCGUGGUGCGAUGCAGACACACACACUUUCCGAGCAUACACCCCGUGAGCGCACACACACUCUCUUUCACCGCAGACAUGCCUGACAAACAUUCCACAGACACACAGACUGCCAGUAUUCACAGCACUGAUGCAUACACCAUGAAUACAAAUCCCCCCCUUACACACACUACCUACACACAAGUGUCAAAUAUUCAGACACAAAAUGCAAACUUGUAUAGUGUUAAUCCAGGUCUUAAUGGCAAGGAUAGCCUAGAAGAUACACUUCACAAGAGAAUCAAGAACAUACCCAAUGUUGUUCUCUGCAACAACAUCACCAAUGGUGUAAGUGAAGAUCUGGAGCGAAGCGUUGCCGAAGCUGCUUCAACCAGGCACCCAAUUACAUCAGCUGCUGCGAAGACGGAGAACCACCUCGCCCAAUCAGACAGAGCUGAGACCAAAGAAGGCGGGAGCGAGGGCCGCUGUGCAGGCCAGUCUGCUAGUGAGGGCAGUGCAUCGUGGGAAGAUGAGUCCCCUCUGAGUCAGCCGCUGAGCGAUCUGGACGCCUUCCCUCCAUGUUACGACCGCGAGGCCAGACUUCAGCUGCUGCACCGCUUCCUCCCUCCAGAGCUCAGCGCCCGAUUUGCCGACACGCCUGUCAAUCAUGGCAUCGGGCCAACCCAGAACCAAGGAAUGGAAGGGUGCUCCGCAGCCGACUACCUGGGAUGGUUCCCCGCUCAACCAAUCACCAAAGUAACUGAAAUCAUGGAAGCAUCAUUAGGCGAAGCAUCCUGUGCCCCGGUACCCCUCACUUCCACCACCCCUGAGAUGCCCUCCCAAAUGCCACCCACUGUAGGCUCUCAAACUGGCACCCCAGUGUCCUCCAGCCCAUGCCAGCGCUACGGUGAACCCCAUGGCGCUUGUGGGCAGCUGUUCCGCCGCGAUGAGUUUCUGUGGCACAGCCGUAACGUCCACGCCGACCUGGACCUGCUGGAGCGCGCCUGCCCUCUCUCUGCCUACGGCUGCCCUGUCACCCAGCGCCAGCUCUCCACCCCGCACGGCGCCCACCUCGUCUACGAUGCCCGCCUGGGGGCCUUUGGACUGCUCCCCGCGCCCCCUGCCGUGACCCCUGACCCCCAGGGCCUGGACCGGCUCAGCUCCCUGCCCCUGGAACUGCAGCGCCACCUGCUGGGCUACCUGGAUGGCUUCAGCCUCAACCAGCUGGCGCUGGCGUCGUGCAGGAUGAGGGAGGUGUGUGCCAGCCUGCUGCGCGCACGGGGCAUGGUGCUGCUGCGCUGGGAAAGGUGUUGUCAUGACAACGACGAUGGCGGCAGCAGCAGCAGCAGUGGUGGUGGUGAUGGUGGCUGUGGCAUCCGCAGGUGGAAGGUUCAGGACAAGGUGUGGCGUUUCAGCACUGCCUACAGCUGCGUGGAAUCCUGGUAUUUGGUCGACGCCCCAAGCCUGUCCAAUCACCUGCAGUGCUGCCCGUGGAACCAGGUAGAGCACCCCCUAGAGGCCAGAGCUCUUCCCUGCAUGAACGGCACACCGGAGCUAGAGCGCCUGAAGCCUGUUGGGGCGUGCCUCCCCAUGGGGAGAGGCACACACACAUUAUUUCAUUCUCUUGCACCAAUGGAAAGCCCUUAUUGGGGGUGUAGAUGAGUAGGCAAGAAACAAUGUGUGUGUGUGUGCGCGCGCACUUCAGUUAGCUAUGGUUGGAGAAAAGCCUUAAUUAUGGAUGGCUUAAGUGAGUGAGUCUGAGGUUUACAUGUGUGUGCACUAAUUCAAAUUCAAGAGUGCACUGUGUGUGUGUUUGUGUGUGUGUUUGUGUGUGUGUGUAUGUGUGUGUUUGUGUGUGCGCAUAACUGCUGCAUCCCAGCUCUCAGGAUGGGCCAGUCUGCUAUAUCACCACUACCACUGCUGCACUUUUUCCCCUCUCUGUCUCUUUCCCUCUUUCUUGUCAUUCUUUCUUUGUUCCUCUAUCUUUCCCCUCUUUUGGUACUUGGAAGAUAGCUUUUGAUGCUGAGCGCAUUAACAUAGAGCGAGCCCUAAGAGUGUGUGUGUGUGUGUUUGCACGUGUGUGUGUGUGGUUUGGUGGAAGCACUUUAACUAUAAUCACUUGCUGCACCCGCUGCUUGUUUUGAGCUGCACAAAAGUGUCUUAACCGUCGUGGAAGCAUGUUGGUUUCCUGCUGUCAGCGUUGGACCUGAUGAGGAUCUUUGAUACUCCAGAGAGGGACACGGAAGAAAAGACAUGACGUCACAUUAGUCAAAGGACUGCUUUUGGAACACUGAAUAAUUCAUGAGCAUGAGGAGCAGAGGGAACAACACAGAAUUGAGUGACAUGCAGAGCAUGAUGGGAUACUCGGUGUUGUUCUAUGCUUUAAAAAAAAAAAAAAAAAACACACAUUCCCUCUUCGUUUUCAGUGUUUAUGAUUAAAAAAGGGGGUCUAGAUGUCCAUCAAGAAAAAAUUAUCUUUCUUUCUUUUGGGUGUCUGUAGCAUGCAAUGUUUACCAAUACAACUCGCACCUGUUGAUUUUCAAAGGGCUACAAUGUGCGUUAUUAGAAAGCCUUAACCCAUAAGCUAACUGUGGCAUGGUGAUGUGACUAUAGUUCCCUUCAUGAACCAUUCUGAUGAGGCCCGAAAACCAUUCUGACAUACUAUGUCAUAGGGCGUCGUUUGAGUAGAUGCUGCCCUCUGCUGGACAGUUUUGAAAUUACAGGUAAAGUAUUCAGGCAACAGGAUGUGGCAUUCGCACUUGCUAAUACCAGGAAUUCCUGGGUGUAACAUUUGUAUGUACUAGACUUCACGCAUCCCAAAGUACAUGGAAAUGUUAAAAAAAUAAAAAAUAAAUGCUUGAAAGAAA